ACCUAAAAUAUUAAUUAAUAUUUAUAUUAUAUUUACGUGAUAUUUUGAUGUUUCUGAAUUUUUAAAAAUAAUUAUGAAGUUGAAUAAAAUUUGUAGAACUUGCCUUUUAGAGAAAGCUAAUUUAAAACCUUUAUUUGAGGCGUGUGUACCAAAUAUGUUAAUGUCUUGUGCUUCAAUACAAGUAAUACAAGGUGAUGGUUUACCUAAUCAAAUAUGUACACAGUGUCUCCAGAAUGUAAACAGGUCAUACACUUUUAAACAACUUUGUGAAAAAUCGGAUAUGGAGCUAAGAAAUUACUUAAAUAUAAGCCUACAGACAAUUUCAUUACCUACAGAUAACAUAAUGAACGAAGUAAAAUCAGAUUUAUUUAACACCAGCGAAGUUUUGCAGCAAAGUUCAUUAUUUCAAGAUAUUUUUAAUGAUGCAACCACUCAUUCUUUUGUAGAAACAUUUACCAAUCAAAAUACUAGCACAGAUUUAGCUGAAACUAUGCAAAGUCUGCAAACAAUUGCUGAACAGUGCCUACCUGACUCAUGGGAAAGUGAUGCUAAUAUUGUUCCAUGUAACUCUAAUGAGGCUACAGAUAAUUUUAAUUUAGGGCCAAUUUAUAAGUGUCAAUUUUGUGAAAAUAUUUUUAAAGAUGAAUGGUCUUUAUCUGAUCAUAUUAAAAAUCACACUGUGCAAAAUAAGUUUUUUUGCAACAUAUGCGAUAAAAUCUGUGACGAUUCCAAUGAAUUAAAUAAGCAUAUUCUGGAACAUACAUUUGUAAAUGAUAAAAGUCACUUAAAUCAUCCACAUACAAAAGUUUCCAAAAACUUGAGGUGCCAUAUAUGCUUCACAGAAACCAGAUGUUUGAAAAAGCACUUAAAGGAAAUACAUUUUAUUGAAACUGUACAUGGAAUAGACGUUGAAAAAAAAUUUGGCUGUAAUAUUUGCGGAAAAAGAUACAGACAAAACAAACUUCUAUCAGUUCAUAUGAGGAUACAUACAGGAGAACGUCCUCUGAGUUGUGAUAUUUGCGGAAGGACUUUUGCAUUAUCUUCGUCUCUGCACAAACAUAAAAAUAUACAUAAUGGCGAGAAAAAGUACGAAUGUAAUAUAUGUAAUAAAAAAUUUAGCCAAUCGUCGCAUUUAAAUGUUCACAUACGUAAUCACACGGGACAAAAUAAACCUCAUAUAUGUAACAUAUGUGGGAAAAAUUUUACUAUGAAUUCAAAAUUAGUGGCGCAUAUGCGAAUUCAUACAGGAAUUAAACAGUACACUUGUGAUUUUUGUAAAAUGUCUUUUGCGACUAAUAGUCAAUUAAAAAAACAUAGUAUGAUUCACACUGGAGAGAAGCCUUAUCCCUGUUGGCAAUGCGGUAGAUCAUUUAGACGUAAGGAAACUAGAGAUACUCAUCUGCGAUAUCACACUGGAGAAAGACCAUAUACAUGUGCGAUAUGUUCAAAGAAAUACGUAGCUGCUAGCCACUUACGAGGGCACAUGAAAACUCACAGUAAUGACAGGAAACAUGAGUGCAUGAUAUGCCUUCAAAAAUUUUUCGAUUCUAAGACACUGAAAAACCACUUACAUACCCACUCUGGUCAGAAGCCAUAUCGAUGUCAUUUUUGUUCCAAAGAAUUUUCACAAAAUGGUUCUCUUUUAACUCACAUCAAAAAUUUUCAUAGUCAAUAAAAAAAUUAAGAAAGUAA